UUUCAUGGCAACAGUCGGCAGAACAGUUGUGCCGUUUAUAGCGCACUGAGUGCCACGCCGGUAUGUCGUAAUAAUUUGACAGCCUUUUCUUGUAACGAUUAGCAUCUUUAAAUGUCAUUUUAUCUUGUUAGUACAAUAUAAUUAUAAUGCAUAUAGUAAUUUAUGGCACUGUAAAACGUCUUAGCAACUUGCUACAAUAGCUAACUAGCUUUCUAGUUUGCUGCCCAAAGUGUGCUGUCAAAGGCUGCCAGCGGACAACCACCAGCAGUAACAUUAUCUCCACGCUGGAUGUGAAUAACACAAAAAGAGAGCCUGCUGCGCUACAGGAUAAUGAUUAGAAAUGGUACCUUGCCAGACCCAUGUGAUGCUGAAGUGGCAGGAGCACUUGAACAGCUCCUGGGCGGCGGAGGACAGCGUCCUGGCCGCCACCAGGCCCGGAGCCGCCGCCCUCUAUUCCAAACUCCUUCAGAAUAAGGAGGUGGUGGGAUUGGCUCAGCCUGUGCAGGACCUGAUUGGCCCCAGGCUGCCAGACUUUCAGUAUGAGUCCAACGCCCUGGAUGAACGGGAGGGGUACCUGCUGGCCCUCUUGCACAGCCAGCGCUGCCUGGCCCAGCGCAUGUUGACCCGCACGCCCUACGCCGUCUCUCUGCACCACCGGCUUGUGGUUCUUCAGCGCAUCUACUAUGCCCUGCACAGCAAAUACCACAACCGCUUUCACGCUCCGCCUCCACCCCAGGCCACGACCAGCGCCGAGUCUGGGGUCCUGGAACCUGCCUCAGAACCUUGGAUGCCCGGGUCAAGGGUCAAGUCCGGCACCGACGUCCUUAUUGAGAUGGGCGUCAGGACGGGCCUUAGCCUGCUUUUUGCUCUUUUGCAACAGAACUGGCACCAGGCCCGGCUGGACCCCAGCCUGGCCCUGUGCAACGAUGUGCUGACCACCGCGUCCUCCGUCUUGUCUUCACUGCCCCCGCUAUCCUUGGCGAAUGAGAACAAGAUCCCCCCCGUGGGCCUGGACUGCCUGACGCAGGUGGCGGACUUUCUGAAGCGGACGUCCGUGAGCGGCAUGGGCGCAGACCGGGCUGGCCGCCGGCUGGCUCUGGAGCUCCUGCUUGGCUUAGCGGUGCAGAGGGGAUCCCUGCGUUUCAUGCUGGAGUGGAUAGAGGUCGCGCUAGCGGCCUCGGCCUUUGCCUGCUUGGAGUCAUCGGAGCCCCUGGCUGAAGCUGGGAUUGGGCACGAGGUCAUUCUUCAGACGUUGGUCCAAAUGAGGCAGUAUGCGGGUUUCCGUGGUGAUUCAGGGAACAUUCAGUUGCCAAAAAAGGAUGUGGGCGGACACUGCAGUCUCACGCAUGCAACUCUGAGUGUCUUUGAGGAGAUCUGUAACCUCGCGUCGAACUGCCUGUGCUGCUGUAGCACAGGUUCCUCCUCGCCUGGUGUGGAGACGGACGCCGUCAUGGUGUACGUGUGGGGUAGCAACAGCAGUCACCAGCUAGCAGAGGGCACGCUGGAGAAGAUCCUGCAACCGAAGUUGGCGCAGGGCUUUAAUGAUGCCCAAAUGAUCGAAGCAGGUCAGUACUGCACGUUCUCCGUAUCAGCGGACGGCUCAAUCAAAGCCUGCGGGAAGGGCAGCUACGGGAGACUUGGGCUCGGCGAUUCCAACAAUCAGUCAGUGCCGAAGAAACUGGUCCUGGAGCCGCCCCGGAUCAUGCGCAAGGUGUCCUCCUCCAAGGGCUCGGAUGGUCACACGCUGGCUGUGACGGGGGACGGCGAGGUCUUCAGCUGGGGUGAUGGCGAUUAUGGCAAACUGGGCCAUGGAAACAGUGCCACUCAAAAAUACCCCAAAAUAAUCCAAGGCCCAUUACUGGGAAAGGUGGUGGUUUGUGUCUCAGCUGGCUACAGACACAGUGCUGCAGUGACUAAUGAUGGAGAACUGUAUACCUGGGGGGAGGGGGACUUUGGCAGGCUGGGCCACAGUGACAGUCACAGCAGGAACGUGCCGACUCUGGUGAAGGACAUCAGCGGCGUGGGCCAGGUGGCUUGUGGGAGCUCCCACACCGUAGCGGUGGCCCAGGAUGGCCGCACCGUCUGGUCGUUUGGAGGAGGAGACAACGGUAAACUCGGCCAUGGGGAUACGAACCGCGUGUACAGGCCGAAGGUGAUCGAGGCGCUGCAUGGGUUCAUCAUCCGGAAGGUUUGUGCUGGGAGCCAGUCGUCUUUGGCUCUCACCUCUGCAGGACAGGUGUUUGCAUGGGGCUGUGGCUCAUGUUUGGGGCUGGGAUCUUCUGAAACGACGUUGCUGAGACCGAGGGUCAUUGAAGAGCUCAUUGUGACUAAGAUCAUUGACAUUUCCUGUGGUGACAGUCACUGUCUUGCCCUUUCGCAUGAAAAUGAGGUGUACGCUUGGGGUAACAAUGCCAUGGGUCAGUGUGGCCAGGGUCACACCUCCACACCAGUCAACAAGCCCAAGAAGGUGAUUGGUUUGGAGGGCGUGUCGAUUCAGCAAAUCACAGCCGGGACCUCACACAGCCUGGCCUGGACUGCAGUACCUACAGACAGGCAGCUGGUGGCUUGGCACAGACCUUUCUGUGUCGAUCUUGAGGAGAGCACCUUCACGUAUUUGCGCAGUUUCUUAGAGCGUUACUCUGAAGACAUAAACUGCGACAUGCCGCCUGCCCCCUUCCCCUCAAAGAGGGAGCUUCACCAGUUCCUGCUCCUGUGCAUGAAGCUGCUGUCUGUGCACCUUUCUUUGGCCCAUGCGGGUGGAACGGGGGCUGCAGUCCUGGGCUCCCAGGGAAGGCCCCUCCGAAACCUGCUCUUCCGGCUUAUUGACUCCAGCAUUCCCGAUUCCAUACAGCAGGCUGUCAUGAAUACACUGUCCAUGGGGGCAUCCUUGCUGCUGCCCCCUCUCAGGGAGAGGACUGAGCUCCUCCACUCUCUUCUACCUCAAGGCCCUGAGAGCUGGGAGAACCUCUCAAAGGGUCAGCGCUUGCAGUUGGACAUGGUGUUGAGCAGCCUUCAGGACCAGUCACAUGUCGCAUCACUGCUGGGCUACAGCUCUCCGGGAGAAUUCACCGGCGCACUUGUGGCUCCUCAAGGCGAGCGAUCUUCAGGCAGCCCAGACACACACGACCACUUACACCUGGCGGAAGUUCUGCUCAAGACUCUACUACUCAGCAUUGGCUUCUACACGGAGCGGGCUUUUGGUGAGCUUGAGAAGAACAGCGACAAGCAGCAGCUGAGCCAAGCACAAAGCCAAACGGAGCCUCCCUCCCACUUCCAUCACCUCCUGUCAGCCAUGCAUAAACAUCUGCUGGCUCACUGCUACAUCCACACCAGCACCAAGGAUGACAGCAGUGUGACAUUGCUCCACAAGCAUCUGUGUCUUCUGUUGCCGUACGCUGCGGAGACCUUCAGGAGGGCCACCAUUCUGUUGGAGGAGAGCUCUCUUGACAAGCAUGUCAUCAAGAAGCUGCACAUGGUGUUAUACGGCUCAGUUGCUGGGAGCCUCCUCUGCCAGAUGAUGCACUCGCUGCUGCUGCUGCCCCUGCAGGUGGUCUGUCCUCUGCUGCCACACUUGCUCUCACUGCUGGAGCACCUGAAUGAACUCAACUGCUUCCUGCCAGACACCGGGCUGCUGGAAGAGCUGGAACUGGAAGGGGCCUCCUCAGAAGCCUCCGAAGGGCCUCCUAUGGGGAUGGGGGCAGAGAGCUGGGUGUGGCUCUUAGAUCUGGAAAGAUCCGUGGCGCUGGUGAUCGGCCGCUGUCUUGGAGGAAUGCUGCAGGGAACCGCACCUUCUGUCCAGGAGAAUUCUGCAGAGUUCUGGCUUCAGAACCCCCUCCUAAGAAACGGCCUGGAGAUGGACCUUCAGCAACUGGAUUUUACCAUGAACUGGCUCACCGAGGCAGUGCUCUCGGGGCACACCGAAACCAAACUGUGUGAGCUUAAUGUGAGUGAGGAGAACGGCAGGCUGAUUGAGCUGGCGCUGGGCGCACCGCGGCAGCCAGCCAGUGGACUCUGGAGGAGGAUGAAGGAGUUCGCGGUCAGCAGAGAGUGGGAUAGCGAUGGUCCGUCAGGAGACUUGCUGCUGGAGGCGGCUUGCCGCUGCAGCCUGGCAGCUCUGCUCAAACACACCGACCUGCAGGAUGAGGCCUUUUGGCAGGACAAAUACGAACCCUGCGAAAUGCUGAUCGAGAUCUAUCAGAUGGUGUAUAAAAUCCGAAGUACUUUACUGUCACACAAGGACUCUCCUGGGAUGAGUGCAAACAUCGGCACACCAUCUGUCACUAAGCAGAGUUCCCUAGUGUCACAGAGUCCCAAUGAAGACAGGAAGGAAGCGUGUGCUGGUGUCGCCCAGGAACGCGCAGUGAGGGACACGGAGACGGAGAGUCCUAGCGUCGUGUCCGAGCACAACCAAGACGAAGUUCCCGAGGAAGACACCCCCCCCAUCAGCAGUAUGUACCUUCCGGAGGUGCUCCAGUGCUUCCUAGCGACUCGUGAAGCCAUGCAGCUCCAGCAGAAUGAGACGGUAUAUGAGUCGUCGGGGACCAGCACUCUCCCAAGCAGCACCGAUAGUCCCGGGACCCCCGAGCGGGAGCCUCCACACCAGUACUGGGACCGGAAGCAGGGUUUGGAGGACGGCCUCUCGUUUCCUGCCGCCUGCCACCUGGUGGUGUCCCGCUGCGUUUUCCUGCUUCUUGGGGUGCGGGCGGCUUGGCAGGAGCUAGACGAGCCCCAAGACACGCAAGUCAGAAACGCUGGAUCUCGGAAAUCGGAAGCACAAUACAUGCUCAGCCCAAAGACAGAUUUUGGUCCCACCUCGGAAACUAGAAGACAAUGGGAAAAAGAAGUGCCACAACAGUCAAGAAAUGUAUCUGGCUGUGUUAACACGAUGGGCCUACCACUCUGCUCCUUGGGUAUCAUGAAGGAUGCCUGGGAAAGGCUGCGGCAGUGCAUCAGUCCCACCACCCCACUCUGUCAGGGAAGCGGCUCCCCCGUGCUCGUUCAGGUCUUCCACUUCCUGUGUGGAAGCCUCCUCAAGAUGCCCUCGCUAAUGGAGCAGGACACAGUGCACCAUGCUGACCCAAAGGCUAUCACGCAAGCCAUGACACAGCAGCAGCAGAGGGCUGAGGAACGCCUGGAGGCUCUGUGUCAGAUCUCCUCCUUUCUGUCUGAAAUGGAGCAGAAGAGCAGUUGCUCGCUGGUGCCCCCUCGCUUCCCAGGGCUGUUGCAGUCUGUUCAGCUCCAAUUUGUUGCAGGUUGCUUUGGCUUGGGCAUGCCCACAACCAGCAGCCCGUUAGACAGCAAUGAGAAAGUUCAUCACUACAACUCAGGUACGCAGUCUGCGCAGACAUCAACACAGAGGCAGCUUCAAGCUGCAGCUCACACUCUCUACCAGCAGGUGGUCCGUUUGCUGAGGCAUAAAGUGCUAAUAGAGAAGGAACAAACAGGAUCCUAUCAGCCUUUACUUCUGGCAAUAAUAUAUGCACUGAAUUUCAACUACCAGUCCUUGGACCUGGAUGUCAUUCUGAAGUGUGGUAUUCUCGACGUGUUGUCCUCGCUGACAGACAACGCUUGUGUUCUGAUGAACCAACGCUGGUUAGCUGCCUCUGUGUCUGGACAGAUGCUGCUAAGUGGGGCGGUUAAACUGGCUAGUGCCAGGUUGCUGCAGAUACUAGCCAUUGCUGCAAGCUCCUGUGAAGACGCCCUUCCCUGGGAGGUGCUGCAGGCCCUCAUGGACGUCAUGUCUGAGCAACUGCAGGGCCUCAUGCACAUGGUGCACCAGCAGGAGGCGCUGGAGAGGAGCGCUACAGAUGGCACUGACCUUGGUGCUGAUGGCAAGAAGCCCAAACAGGACAAGGCACAGCUGGCCAGAAAUAGGUGCAUUGUGGAGUCUCAGCUGGCCGACUUUUUGGUGUUUCUGCGACGCAUUGUGUCCCCAAAGGGGACUAAGAGUAUCUCCAUCUUCAUCAAGUGGAUCGAUCCACUCAUGGCCAUCCUAACCUGCAGAAGCCCCUCAGGCUUCCCUCAGUACAGGAACCUGCGGUCCAAGUUGCUCACCUUCCACAUUCUGGAAGCUUUGUUGCCUACCUGUUCUGACCCGGUACAAGUGAAGAAGAUUGUUGAUCAAUUAUUCGGGCUCCUGUCAGAAUGUAUGUGGAAGGAGCCUCUAGCUUUGGAAGCAGCUUCAGAGAAGAAUACUGAGAGUCCCUUGGAGGGAACCGCGAAUGAAGAUGAAUGCAUUCCGAUUGGGGAAUUCUCAUUUGAUCCACACAAACUGAUCUGCUGUUCACUCGAGAGUGGAAACCUGCUUUCGCACGGAUCCGGGGGCAAAGGCUACGGCUUAGCCACGACGUCUAUAACGUCAGGCUGUUUCACCUGGAAGUUCUGCAUUAUGAAGGAGAACAAAGGCAACGAGGGUACCUGUGUUGGGGUAUCGCGCUGGCCCGUCCGGGAUUUUAAUCACCGAACUACAACGGAUAUGUGGCUGUACCGGGCCUACAGUGGAAGCCUGUACCAUGGUGGAGAAUUGGGCAGGGUGUUGCCUUCCUUUACCCAAGGAGAUACCAUUACCUGCAUUCUUGACAUGGAGGCGAGAACCAUUUCCUUUGCAAAGAACAACAAGGAGCCAAAGCUAGCAUUUGAAGGUGUCGAUGCUACAGAGCUCUACCCCUGUGUGCUGUUCUAUAGCAGCAACCCUGGAGAAAAAGUGGCGAUCUGUGAUCUUCAGAUGCGAGGCGUGCCCAACGACCUCCUUCCCGGACAGCCGCUGUGUAGCCCCCGCGCUACCGUUAUGGUGGAGGCCACUGUUCAGCUGCUCAGGCGCUUGCAUCAUUAUGAGAAUUGGACGGCCCACAUAAAUCAGCAUAUGGUGGCCAAGCUGGAACUGAUCGGACCCCUGAUCCAGGACGGAGCCAGGACAGGAACGAACCUCGGUAAGAGACUCCCAGAGGAGAAGCAGAAGGUGCGAGGGGAGCCUGAGGGUGCUCCUGGAAAGAUGGGGGACGUGCCGCUGGGACCGUCGGCCCUGUCCGGCGCACAGCUGGACACGCUGAGCUGCGAGGUGUGGCCAGUGCUGGCCGUGCUGGGCGGUGUUGACAGUGGGCUCCGUGCUGGGGGGCUGUGUGUGCACCGGCCCAGCGGCCGCCGAGCCAUCCUGCUGGGGGUGCUGAAGGAGGGCAGCUCCCUGGCCAAGCUGCAGUGGGAGGAGGCUGACCUCACUAUCAGCUUCCUGAAUUCUUGGUCACCCAGCGACACCCCGCUCUCUUCCCUGGAGCCCACCGGCAUGCCCCCAGUGGACAUAACUCGCCUCAGAGGGCUGAAACCCUCUGUCCUGUUAGACCUGAUGUUUCUCACUGGGAUGCUGCAAGAGCACCAUGGCCAUCAGCCGCACAGGGAGAGCCAUCCGGAGGGCAGCCAGCACAGUGAGCUGGAACGCCAGUUGGAUGAGGACAUCGCUCGCGUCGUGAUGGAUGGGGAGGACGGUGCAGGUCUGAUUGACGGGAAGUGCAGGCAAAGUGCCCCUGUCAAGUGCGACUUCUCUGAAGUGACAGAUUCUCUUAUACCAACCAAAGAUCUCUUUGGGUAUCAGGAAGUCCUCCCUUUGCCGUCUGGGAUGAGCCAACAGGGCAGGGCUGACAUCUUUGCACUAGAGCUGCAUGCCAUCCGAGUCUCCUACCUCUUAUUAGGUGCCUUAAAGUCACUGUCAGUAAUCCUGAGCAGUGGGAAGUUUACCGAUAUACUCCUGCUGUCAAAAGCCGCAGCCCAAGGGAGCCCCAGUGCAGCGAAGAGCAGCGCCAGCAUGGAGGAAUGCGCAGAGCUGAGGCUGGUCCUCCAGUUUGUUGUCCGAAGCAUGGUGAAGUGGGCCGUCCGGACUUGCCCCAUCAAACAGGAAGCAUCACUGGCCGACCUGGAAAGAGCACAAAUUAUGAUCUUCAAAGGGGCUAUAAACAGGCUGCAAGAAGAUUCUGCGACUAAGGAGCCAAAGGAGUCUGCACAUCAUCCUGUCUCUCAGCCCGUGUCCAAGUCUUCGAGCACCAUGUCUUUGUACAGUAAUGGCUCGGAAGGCACCACCAUAUUUUGCCCGUCAAACGGAGCCACUGCAUCGUCUUCCAGUAACGACUUGGCUGCCUCUUUGCUCUCUGCACUGCAAGCUGAUGGUCUGGACAACUUCAACCCAUUUCUCCCAAUCAAUCUCUUACAGCAGAUGGUCUUUGCGCGAUUCCCCACCUUGACUGGCCUGAUGAAUAACCCAGUGUUGCAUCCAGGCUUUAAUGUGGCAAGCUCUCUUUCUUGUGAGGGUUUUACAGAGCCUCAGCCUAUCUUCCUGGAGCCAUCAAGCACCAGGAAUCGAGCAGAAUGUUGUUUUCUCCCUAAAAUUCCAGAGUGUCCUCAAAUGUUUGCCCCGGUACGGUUACUAGAAAUGGGCUUCUCUAUGAGGCAUAUCUACACAGCCAUGGAAACAGCAGGUGUGACUGGGGAGGUGGACUCCCACACCAUUGAAAUGCUGGCCAGUUGGAUGCUGGAGCACCCGCUGAGUGCGGAGCCGCAGACGGAGGAGCCCCCCCCGAGUGCCGGUACCAACAGCCAGUCCCCCGAAGGGCCCCAGACUGUGCAGUGCCCGGAAUCACCAGUCACCGUGCCCUUACCAGAGACGAGUGAGCCUAAUGAAAGCCUCUUAGCUGGCCUAGACUUGGUGGAAAGGGAACACUUCCUGGAUGUGCAUCUGACCAGGAACAGGCCCCCCCCUGCCCGCCGCCAUCGCUCCUGUCUAGGACAGAGGACGUCCUUCAGAAGAGCUGACUCACCCUCGCCCAGUCCAAUCCCCCCACUGUACAGGCAGGACCCUGGGGCUUUGGACUGGACAGAGCGGGCAGAGACGCACCCCUUUGCAGCAGAAGAGGAGUCUGAGCUGGGGUACAUGGAUGACACCUACCAAGAGGAGCCCUAUGAAGAUCUGCUGACCCCCGAGUUCAUCGGCUCGGAGAGGGAUACACUUUGGAUGGUAGAGAGUGGGGCGGAGCACCCGGAGCCUCAUGAGAUGGUGGAAUGUGAGCUGUGCAGCACCCUCACCCUGCAGUUCAACAACCACAUGAAGCGGCAGCAUCCCGGCUGCGGCCAGAGCGCCGGCCGGCGUGGUUACCGUAGCAACGGGGCCUACGUGGACGGCUGGUUCGGUGGAGAGUGCGGCUCCGGCAGCCCCUACUACCUGCUCUGCAGCUCGUGCCGUGAAAAGUACCUGGCUGCCAAUCUGGGUGAGCUGGGCUCCAAGUCAGACAGAAUUAAAAGUGUGGCUUCUGGUUUGAUUGGAAGAUUAGACAGCAUUUCUGAUGACGACUGGGAGCGCGAAGAGUGUGAGACGGACAAGCUGACGGGUCUGGAGGACUUUGGGGUUUUACUGCGACCUCUGGGUCUGAGUGAGAAAAAGCUGACCCCAGACCCCAUCCCCUUCAUAGAGAAUGACCCUCUGGGGGCGCUAGUCACCAGUGCCGUCAGCCACGGCAAGGCAGCUUUCUGUAAAGGAGGCCCUGUUUUUGAACUGAAAAGUUCGGCUGUUAGCCCCAGUUUGGGAGAACAGGCUGCUUCCCUCCGGGAGCCUCAGGACCGAUUGCAGGCCCUGAGACGGGUCACUAUGACGGCACAGAUUUCGCUGGCCUACAGCAUGGUGAUGAACGCCCUUUCUCAGACGUCCUCAAGUACCUCUAGCUGCAGCCAGUCGUGUGGACUGGAAGCCUUGGGCUUAGCAGACAUUCGUAUCCUGGUGCGGUUGAUGUGCUUGGCGGCUGCAGGGCGGGUCCACACCGUCAUGGGCCAGCUGGGCUCGGACACUAGCUUGACAGCGGAGCGAACGGGCUUCGGUUUCCUCACCUUCCUCAGCUCCGCCAUUGGUUGCCUCGUCUCCAGUAGCCCUGUAGCCUACCGCCAGCUGGUGGACAUCUGUACCCAGGAUCUGAUGGCAGCCGCCACUGGUGUGAAUGUUGGGGCGAUUAGUGACCCUCAGCAGAGAAGAUGUCCCAACUCCGCGGCGAAGACAGCCCAACAGGACUGCAAGGAGCCCAUGUCUCCUACGUUUCUGGUUACCCAAAGUCUGGUGUCCUUGUUGUCAGAGAAGGGCGUCCGUUAUCGGUACAGGUCGGAGAGAGUCGAGGCCGAGUCAAAGGACAAUGAAAGUUCAUUGGCUAUGGGCCCUCAACCCUCUCCAACUGUGCCAAGAGUAGGACCCUUGGAGCUGGCAAAUGCCCUUGCCGCUUGCUGCCUGUCAGGCCGAUUGACUAAUUGGCACCGGCAGUGGGCUGCCCAGCAGCUGGUGCAGGCCCUCGCGGCCUCCGAGAGCGACAGCCCUGUGCGGCCGCAAACCUACAGUGACAUGACAGGAGACCUGCGCAAGUGUCCAGUGAAGAAACUAGAGGGACACCAGAGCAGGGUGACGAGCUGCAGCUGGAGCAAUGAGCAAGGGCUGCUGGUGACUGGAGCUCAGGACGGGACAGUCCGAAUCUGGGAUGUCUCACAGACAGCAGCAGAAUUCCACAGUGCUCAUACCAGCAGGGAAACCGACAGCAAAAACUCAGAGAGCACAGGAAAUGUUCAUUGUGUAUCUCCAGUUGGCUGGAGUGCAAGAGGAACCUUUCUUGCUACUUUCCAGAAUAGAUUGGUCAACGUUUGGGCAGUAAAUGGCUCCCAGGCUAAUGUCGCAAUGCAGCCAUCCUGGGUCACAGCCCUGUCCUGGGUGCAAACGUUCACUCCUUACUCCAUUCAGCGUGUGGCCAGCCAGCCCAGUGCUUCAGAAAGCCUGCUGGUGGGCAGGCUCGAUGGCACCCUCUGCUGGCUGGAGGUCACUGAGGAUUUGCAAGUCAAAAGUACAGAGCUGAUCUGUUGUCAGAGAAAAGAAGCACCUCAAUGCAUUGCUUGGCACAGUUUGGACAAGCCUUUUGCUGUAGGGUAUUCGGAUGGAAAGAUCCUGUUGGGUACCGUGGAGCCCAGUGACACAAAACAACCUCUCAUUUUAUCUGCCUUUCCUGAAAGCGUGAGUGGCCUGAAGUGGGACCCUACAGGCCACUUGCUCCUGUCAACGGGGCGCUCGGACGUGGUGAAAGUCUGGGGCCGCGCUGGGAGCUCUUGGCUCGCCCUCUAUUCGCUCUUCCACACCAGCCUUGUCAAUGUGACGGAGUGGUGUCCUCUUCCCGGAACAGGCUCAGAGCCUCAUCUUAUGAUGGCUGUAGGGUGCCAAAAUGGAGUGGUGUGUGUGUGGAUUGUGCCACAAGGGGGCACCAUUGUAUGCAGUCCCAAUGUCUUGAGCAGCACUUCCAGCCAAGAAAAGAUGAGUGAUAUGAAGCGUGGGCACGCAAAGUGUGUGUUCAGACUGAAUGGUCACGUCACCGCGGUAAAGACGCUGUCUUUUUGCCCCACUGGGAUGGCACUCUUGUCUGGAGGGAUUGGGGGGCUUCUGAACAUCUGGUCACUGCAGGAUGGGUCAGUACUGCAGACAGUGGUGACAGGCUUGGGUUCGGUGGUCUCUACCGCCUGGAUAGCGAAUGUGGGAGUCGCUGCUUGCUCGGGGAGGUCUAAGGACGUGCUGCUGAUCCGCUGCUGUCCGGACUGGAUUUCUCAAAACCACGUCCUGGCCACCUGCCGUGUGGUGCUCAGAAGUCAGGGAAUUACAGGAUUAAACCGGGCACCCUGCAUGGCUGUCUUUUUAGAGAGGCUACCUUCACUCCUGCAAGAGCAGUAUAACUACGAGAAGAGUCAUGUGACUGGUGGUGACCAGCUGGUCCACAGUGCCUUCCUGCAGAGCUUGGCCUCGCUUGCAGUCGGCUUGUCCCUGGACCAGUUUCUCUGUCGGCCCCCCACACCCCCCCACCAUACCGGUGCUGAAUCAGGGUCCUGCCCACCCGAGUGGAGCUGGCUGGCGACCUUUGCUACCACUGUCAAGAGCGCCGAAGCCUUAGCCAAGGGAACCAUGUUCCCAGAGUCGUUCGGCGUUCCCGGCUUUCAGCAGAGCGGAAUGACCGAGAUCCCCAGUCCUCUGGAUAACAGUAAGUGGAGCUUCAUGAUGGAUGAACAGCUCAUGUCAUGGGCGACGUCCAGGCCUGAGGACUGGCAACAGGGGGGGAAGAGCGAGGUGUUCCUCUGGGGUAGUGGGCGGCACGGACAGCUGGCUGACGCAGGGACCAACCUGACUGUGCCCACCCUCGCCCCGUCCCUGUCUCAGACACAACAGGUUGUCUGUGGGCAAAAUUGCACUUUUCUUGUCCAAGCAAAUGGGACAGUCAUGGCUGUUGGAGAAGGUAGUUAUGGACGACUGGGUCAAGGAAAUUCAGAUGAUCUGUAUACCCCUACUAUCAUCUCUGCCUUACAAGGAUAUGUGGUGACCCAGCUGGCCACUUCCUGCGGGUCGGAUGGUCAUUCCCUAGCCCUUACCGAGACAGGGGAGGUCUUCAGCUGGGGAGAUGGGGACUACGGCAAGCUCGGGCAUGGAAACACUGAGCGGCAGAGAAGGCCCAAGCAAAUCGAAGCACUCCAAGGAGAGGAAGUAGUGCAGCUUGCUUGUGGAUUCAAGCAUUCAGCUGUAGUCACAGCAGAUGGGAAGCUUUUUACAUUUGGGAGUGGAGAUUAUGGGCGCUUGGGUCAAAGGUCAACAUCAAACAAAAUGUUGCCAGAGAGGGUGAUGGCGCUAGAAACUUGCAGCGUAGGGCAGGUUUCCUGUGGUGUCAACCACACUUUGGUGCUGUCCUCAGAUGGCAUGACCAUCUGGGCCUUUGGAGAUGGAGAUUAUGGAAAACUUGGCACUGGACCUUGCACUAUGAAGUGCUAUCCUCAGAAAAUCGACCACAUUUGCAACAAAGGCAUGAAGAAAGUAGCUUGUGGAACCCAGUUUUCUGUUGCCCUGGCGAUGGAUGGAUGUGUAUAUACCUUUGGACAAGAAAGACUUAUAGGUCUCCCGCACUCACUGCUGAAGAACCACAAUCGUCCUCAGGUUGUUCCGGCUCUGGAGGGAGUAUUUGUGGAAGACAUUGCUGUUGGCUCGGAGCAUGUCCUGGCUCUUUCCUCCACUGGAGAUGUCUAUGCCUGGGGCUGCAACUGUGAAGGACAGCUUGGUCUGGGCCACUCAAACCCAGUGAAGGAGCCCAUGCUCGUCACAGCUCUGCAAGGCAAGAACAUCCGGCAGAUCUCGGCAGGCCGGUGCCACAGUGCAGCCUGGACCACACCAUCUCCCACUUCCAAAACCCCAGGUGCUUUACUCACCGUCCAGCUGGGCCUGCCUAAGUCGAUCCCCCCCCAGUACAAUGCCCUUAAGGACUGCAGCCCUGACGUGCUCGGUGCUCGCCUCAGGGUCCUCUACCAUUUCUCUGACCUGAUGUACAAGUCGUGGCGACUUUUAAACCUCAACCCCAGAAGCCAGGUGCCUGCUUCACGCUACAGUUUGGGGACCUCCUCCAUUGUGCAGGGGCAGCUCCGGGGCCUGCUGUCCCCCAAAGUGAACACGCUGCCCUUGGUCAGGUCCAUCGGAAGGACCAUGACACAGGGCAAGACCUACGGACCUCAAAUAACCGUCAAGAGAAUAUCUGCUAGGGGGCGCUCCAGCAAGCCAAUCUUUGUGCAAAUUGCCAGGCAGGUGGUAAGCCUGAACCCGUUGGAGCUUAGGCUGCCAUCCCGUGCUUGGAAGGUGAAGCUAAUUGGGGAAGGGGCAGAUGAUGCAGGUGGGGUAUUUGAUGACACCAUUACAGAAAUGUGCCAGGAGUUGCAGUCUGGGGUUGUGGAUCUUCUCAUUCACACUCCUAACACAUCUGCAGAUAUGGGCAGCAACACAGACAGGUUUCUGCUAAACCCAGCCGCUGUCUCCGAGGAUCACAUGGUCCAGUUUCGAUUUCUGGGCAUCCUGAUGGCAGUGGCGAUUCGCACCAAGAAGCCGUUGGACCUUCACCUGGCACCCUGGGUGUGGAAACAGCUGUGUUCCAUUCCUCUGAGCGGUCAGGACUUGGAGGAGGUGGACCUCCUCACCUACCGCUCGUUGCAGGGUAUCCUUCAUCUGGACAAUAGUGGAAUCACAGAGGAGAACUUUUCAGUGAUGAUCCCUCUGGACUCCUUCACAGUACAUAGUGCCGAUGGAAAGCUGGUGCCAGUGGUGCCGGGAGGGAAUAACAUCCCAUUGACUUUCGCUAACAGAAAUGAUUAUGUGGAACAUGCCCUUCGCUACAGAUUGCAUGAAAUGGACCAGCAGGUGAUGGCAGUACGAGAGGGGAUGUCCUCCAUUAUCCCAGUCCCCCUCCUGUCCCUCCUCACUGCUAAGCAGCUGGAGCAGCUUGUCUGUGGUCUGCCAGAGGUCUCCGUGGAGAUGCUAAAGAAGGUUGUCCGUUACCGUGACAUCACGGACAGCCACCAGCUUAUUGGGUGGUUGUGGCAGAGCCUGGAGGAAUUCACCAAUGAGGAGAGGGUGCUUUUCCUGCGCUUUGUCUCUGGACGUUCUAGGUUACCCUCUAAUCCCGCCGACAUCACCCAGAAAUUUCAGAUCAUCAAAGUGGACAGGCCUGUAAAUGGCCUCCCCACAGCUCAGACCUGCUUCUUCCAGUUGCGGUUGCCACCAUAUACCAGCCAGGCAAUGCUAGCCGAGCGCCUACGUUAUUCCAUCCAUAACUGCCCCUCCAUUGACAUGGAUAACUAUAUGUUAUCACGCAACACAGACGCAGCUGAAGGAUCUGACACAGAGUACUGAGGAGGAAGUAGCUAAACAUGGUUAAUUACUUGAAAAUACAAGUGAUAUCACUGUAUUGUUUUUUUUUUAUUAUUAUUAUGAUUAUGAUUUUUCUAUGGUGCAAUAUAGCUCUGUCUAGAAAGGAAUGAGUGGAGCAGGUGACAGUGCAUUAAAAAGUACACUGUUGUGGAAUUAAAUCUGGUCUUUUAUCCAGUAUUGGCUUCUGACCGAGCCAGAGAAAGUAAAACAAAUUCUUUAUUUACAGAGUGUCUGCAUGGAGUUGUAGAGGUCUAAUUAUACUAUGUUAAUGGAAUGUGGUGUGUCAUUUCAUAUGGUGGGAUAUUAGAGAAAUAAAUGCCUUACUUGGCAACCUUGUGCAAUUAAAUUAAAAAGCAAGAUUGCACAAAUGCAAAAAUACUAGUAUUCCUGACUUUGGCUCACACAUUAAAUAAAUGAAGGUACUAGUGGGAUGUGUGACACUAGUUCCAGGCAGCUUUAUCAUUCUUUCAGGGUAUCUCCUGACACUUUCAGUGCGUCGUCUGUAAUGUGUUUGCUUCUUGUGGUACAAUAGAAGGUGCUAAAGAAGAUGAGAAUAUCCGCCGCCUGUACAUAUAUUGAACAUGUUUUUGCAAGUAAGCAUUUUCACUGAGGACAUUUGUCCAGAAUAUGCUGUAUCUUUGAAUGUAUAUCUUUAAAUGCCCUGCACAUAAAUACUCAAAGCUAUUUUUUAUUUGCCAAAAAUGGUAUUACUGAGUCUUAAAUUCAUAUUAUAAUUUGCUGCAGCUGUGAACAGAGUGUAGUGUAUUUAACAUAUUGUGCUUUUUUACCCUUUUUAAGAUAAUUAAAGGGGUGCUGAGGCAUUUUAACAUGGGCAAAGCUAUAAGCUGUGGUUAUUGAAUUUCUAUGAUUUACUUGUAUCCUGCAGUUGUGUCUGCUUGUUGUCUGUCCAUGAAAAGCUAAUGUUUUGUGGAAGCACGACAUCCUAGAAAAGCCAACAGGCCAGCUUCUGUUCAAAGGCAGCAAUAAUGUUCUACAGUGAUCUACUGUACAGUAUAGCAGUUGGAUAAAACAUAUAGAUUGUUUUUCAGAAGUAAUCUUUAGUGUGUUUUGUACAUUUUUUUUCUUGUUCCAAGAUUGCUGAGGAUGUGCAGGAGCUGGCCGAGGAGCUUGUGCCCUGUAAGCUGUUAAAUUGUGUUGGGAAUAAUCAAUCCAGUAGUUGUAUUGAAAAACAAUAUACUUGUAAUGUUGUCACUUCAUACUUGUAUACUUUAUUGACAAGUGAUUAUAAAAUCCAUUUGGGAGAAAAACUUAUAUGCACAUUAACAAUGUGAAGGGCAACAUUAUAUAAGCAUUAAAGUGAAUGUUUCAACAAACA